AUGGUUGAAAUCGAUGUCAACAAAGAAAAUGAGGAGGAGUCGGAUUUUUGUGAUCCUGAAGACUAUGUUGAUGAUAUAACUGAUGAAGAUCGAAAUGAACGUCUUAUUCUUGGUCUCAUCUGGACGAUUAUUCUUCGUUUCCGAACUGAUACCAUUGUCAUUGAGCGUCUUCUGACGCUGAAGAUGUUGACACGGCUCGUCCAGAUGAGAAAUCUAUCAUCACCUAUGUGUCCCUGUAUUAUCACCACUUUGCGAAACAGAAGACCGAACUCACUGGAGCUCGUCGUGUUGCUAAUUGAUGCCAUGGAAGAAGAUUACGAACACAUCGCAUCAGAUUUACUGAAGUGGUUUCGCGAAACGAUCAAAAUACUCGAAAACAGGAGAGCUGGCUGA